UCCUCAGGGACAGCCCUUGGAAGAGCUCGGGGGCACUUGCACAGCUCCGGACGAGAAGGGGGCGUGCUGAAAAACAUCAAAUCCACACCUACAGGAGGAGAACGGCGUGGGAAGGGAGGGAAGGAAGACGGGAAGGACAACGCAACUUACAUGCCAAGCUCGCAGAAGGCUUUUCCUUAGGAAGCAAAUCUCCUGCUCUCCCGAAUAGCUCUGCCCCAUCCAUCAGGAGGACAUUAGGAUGAGGAGCCGCUUCGACCGCGCCGCGCUCAGCUCCCGCCCCGUCCGGCACGGCUGAGUGCCGCUUCAGCACCACGGACAGCGCCAGCAGCGCCGCCAUGGGGGGCCGCGUCCGGAGCCCCGCGUCUCUAGAGUGAAGCCGAGCCGGCCCGACGCGCACAUGUUGAGAAACAGCAAUUAUAAAAACAUGCAUCGAAGGCACACAACCCUUCGGGAGAAGGGCCGCAGGCAGGCCAUCCGGGGCCCAGCCUACAUGUUCAAUGAGAAAGGCACCAGCCUGACUGCGGAGGAGGAACGCUUUCUUGAUUCUGCUGAGUAUGGCAACAUUCCUGUUGUGCGAAAAAUGCUGGAGGAGUCCAAAACCUUGAACUUUAAUUGUGUCGAUUAUAUGGGACAAAAUGCCCUACAGUUAGCUGUAGGGAAUGAGCAUUUGGAAGUGACGGAGCUCCUCCUCAAAAAGGAGAAUCUAGCUCGAGUUGGGGAUGCGCUUUUGUUAGCCAUCAGUAAAGGAUACGUGCGCAUAGUGGAAGCAAUAUUGAACCAUCCUGCCUUUGCACAAGGGCAGCGUCUCACACUCAGUCCCCUGGAGCAGGAACUGAGAGAUGAUGAUUUUUAUGCCUACGAUGAAGACGGAACUAGGUUUUCCCAUGACAUUACCCCUAUCAUACUUGCUGCCCACUGCCAGGAGUAUGAAAUUGUUCACAUCUUACUUCUAAAAGGUGCACGGAUUGAAAGGCCACAUGACUAUUUUUGCAAGUGCAACGAAUGUAUUGAGAAGCAGAGGAAAGACUCCUUUAGUCACUCUCGAUCGAGAAUGAACGCCUACAAAGGAUUAGCCAGUGCUGCUUACUUGUCUCUUUCCAGUGAAGAUCCUGUCCUUACUGCUUUAGAGUUAAGCAAUGAGCUGGCCAGACUAGCCAACAUUGAAACUGAAUUUAAGAAUGACUAUAGGAAGCUAUCUAUGCAAUGCAAGGACUUUGUAGUGGGAGUACUGGACCUGUGCAGAGACACUGAAGAAGUGGAAGCAAUUCUGAACGGAGAUGUGAACAUACAUCUGUGCCCUGAGCAUCACCGGCCAAGUCUGAGCAGAAUUAAACUGGCAAUUAAGUACGAGGUCAAAAAGUUUGUUGCUCACCCCAACUGCCAGCAGCAGCUGCUCACCAUGUGGUAUGAAAACCUCUCAGGCUUACGGCAGCAAUCCAUAGCUGUGAAGUUUCUGGCUGUCUUUGGGGUCUCCAUAGGCUUGCCUUUCCUUGCUAUAGCCUACUGGAUUGCUCCCUGCAGUAAGUUGGGACGGACCCUCCGAAGCCCCUUCAUGAAGUUUGUGGCACACGCAGUUUCUUUCACAAUCUUCCUUGGACUGUUAGUAGUGAACGCUUCGGAUCGGUUUGAAGGAGUAAAAAAUCUUCCCAACGAAACCAUCACAGAUCAUCCCAAACAAAUAUUUAGAGUCAAAACAACUCAGUUCUCGUGGACAGAAUUGCUGAUCAUGAAGUGGGUAUUGGGCAUGAUAUGGUCAGAGUGUAAGGAAAUCUGGGAAGAGGGCCCACGAGAGUAUGUGGUACAUCUCUGGAACCUUCUGGACUUUGGGAUGCUGUCCAUCUUUGUGGCAUCAUUCACCGCCAGGUUCAUGGCUUUCCUCAAAGCGACUGAAGCACAACAGUACGUAGAUCAGUACGUUCAAGAUGACGACCUCAAUAACGUCACCCUUCCCCCUGAAGUUGCUUACUUUACUUACGCCAGGAACAAGUGGCUUCCCUCGGAUCCUCAGAUCAUUUCAGAAGGACUGUAUGCAAUAGCUGUGGUACUCAGCUUCUCCCGCAUUGCUUACAUUCUUCCAGCCAACGAAAGCUUCGGGCCCCUGCAGAUCUCUUUGGGAAGGACUGUGAAAGAUAUCUUCAAGUUCAUGGUGAUAUUCAUCAUGGUGUUCCUGGCCUUCAUGAUUGGAAUGUUCAACCUUUACUCUUACUACCUUGGCGCAAAAUACAACCCUGCAUUUACAACGGUAGAAGAAAGUUUUAAAACCUUAUUCUGGUCAAUAUUUGGCUUAUCUGAAGUGAUAUCUGUGGUGCUGAAGUACGAUCACAAAUUCAUUGAGAAUAUUGGAUACGUACUCUAUGGAGUAUACAACGUGACCAUGGUGGUGGUGCUGCUUAAUAUGCUAAUAGCCAUGAUAAACAACUCCUAUCAGGAAAUUGAGGAGGAUGCAGAUGUGGAGUGGAAGUUUGCACGUGCCAAACUCUGGCUGUCCUACUUUGAUGAAGGAAGGACUUUACCUGCUCCCUUUAAUCUAGUGCCAAGCCCUAAAUCAUUUUAUUAUCUCAUACUGAGAAUAAAAAUGUGCCUCAUAAAACUCUGCAAAUCUAAGGCCAAAAACUGUGAAAAUGAUCUUGAGAUGGGGAUGCUGAACUCCAAACAACGGAAAGUUCGUUUUCAGUCUGGCAGUCUACAUACAGAAAAUUUUUCGCUGAAGAAUGCUUACAACAAGCCCACGAGAUACCAGGUGCCAACCCUACCUCCCUCUGGAUUCUACUACCUUGGCCAUCUUCAACACACCAAGAUAAUGAAACGCCUGAUUAAGCGGUAUGUGCUGAAGGCUCAGGUGGACCGAGAAAAUGAUGAAGUCAAUGAAGGAGAACUUAAAGAGAUUAAGCAAGAUAUUUCUAGUCUCCGAUAUGAACUCCUGGAAGAAAAGUCCCAAGCUACUGGUGAGCUGGCAAGACUCAUACAGCAACUGAGCGACAAGUUCGGGAAGAACUUAAAUAAGGACAUUUGAUGGUGAGCAGAGAGGAAAGCACCUGGUUUUCUAAAUGAUACUCAGUCUCAACCAGCAUCUUAAGAGGACAAAAAACAGCGCAAAAAACAGGGACCAGGCACUCUUCUAUAAACUGGCAGGUGUCAGUUGGAGCACUUGCAUUCCUCCUGUGUUUAGUGACUUUCCAGUUAAAGCUUUUAUGACACAAAACAACUUACUGUUAAAAAGCAUACAACCUUCAACAUCAGAAGUAAAGGAAGCGUAGGGAAGGCACCUUUAGUUAAAGGCAAAAAAGCCAGACCUUCAUCCACCUGUCUCCAGUGAACUGUGCUCAUUUACCUUAACUCUGUACUGACCUGAAGUAGGUGAAGGCUGAAGGAAAAACAUGCCAAGCAUAUUCCUUGAGAAUUUAAAAGAAUCCUGUCCUUGGCUGUGUCCUUUUACGUUUACAUGGGCAUCCACGGAGGUAACUUUGAACAGCAUGGUGGUUAAUUAAAAGCAUAGAAAUCAUCUGCUGAAAUGACCAAGGCUGAUUGUCAGCUACUUUUCAGACUGGAUAAGAGAGUUGGAGCCAUGAACCAAACUUGUUGGGUAAAGCACCCUUCAUCCCUUUGCUGGAACCUGAUAAAGGGAUUCCAAUCCAGAAACCCCUCUCAGCUUUUUCCAGCUGUAUUAGCCAACCCACUAAUGGAUACGGUCCCUUCGUACACACACACUGAGCCUCUCUUUUGUCCAUAGAUGAUCCAGCUACAACAACAGUGUACUGAAACAUUCAGUGAAAAUCCACAGCAGAAAUAAAGUAUUUUGUGCUUAUGUGUUCAGGGCAAGGAACAGCACUAACUGAUGACAGCAACACAAUUCAGCUGCUCUGCUUCAAAACAGCAAGCCAUAGGAUGAAGUAAAACAUGAAAAACACCCCAGGAGCUUCAAAUCUUUGAAUCCUAGGAAGAAAAGGCUUCAUUUCCAAUGGGGAUGUGCUGACAAGUAAGAAAUAAAAAGAAGAAUGAAUUGUUGGAGAAAUGAUUGUCCUGAGUUAUGUGUUUGGCUUUUAUGGAGGACCUGGAAGGAAAUAAAACCACUUCCAAGGCUGUAAUACAAACACUCAGACUGCACUUCUACAAAGGGUAAGCAGCGAGUUGAUGCAAAGCAACUGGAGACUUGGAUUGCUUGGGUUUCUACAUUUAGCUACUUGAUUUCAAUAUUUAAAGCACACCUUACUACUUGGGAACCGCUGAACUGUCCUGUUUGUUCACAAGGUACACCUACGAGAUGACCAUUGUGUUUAGGGAUCAGCUGCGAAAAACAAGCAGAAGCAGAAGGUGACCCGUGAUCAGUUCUUAAGUGCCAGAUGAGAACACAGAUAGCCUAAUAGUAUCAUAGUUAUAUUUGUACAAAAACAGUGAGAAAAAAAAGACAAUAAAAAUGUGUACUGUAAGUAGAUCUGUUUAGAGAAAAAGCAGAAUACUGUAUUUUUACCUUUAAUAAGAUUAUCUUGUAUACUGUCAUAUUUUUACCUAAAACCAGGAAAAGAAAUAAUAAAAUUACCUCAUAAUA